AUGAAGGGCUUCGUCGGCGGAAUCCCUGUGGCACUGCUGGCAGUUGCUGCCCAGGCUCAGUUUGAACAACAAAAUGGCGGCACCGCAAUCGGUGGGCCUUCUGGCAAUGUUGGCAAUGCUGGCAAUGUUGGCCAUGUUGGCCAUGUAGGACAUCAUGGUGGUACCGCCAUCGGUGGGCCUUCAGGCAAUGAUAAUGAUGGUGGCUUCAUCAGCCCCUACUCCGCUACUAUCAAGACCAACACCCAGGUCAAUGAGUGGAACAAGGAUGACCACUCCAUCAAGCUGAAGCACACUGAUGUGUACCCUCGCCCUCAUGUGGUUCCUGUGCCAUUUGGCCACCCAGGGGCUGUUGGCGGCCCUCAGGUCCCUGGAAUGGGACCUUUUGGAAAGCGUGGUUUCCCAGGUGGCCACUCUUUCCCAGGUGGGACUGCUAUUGGUGGGCCCUCUGGCAAUGAUGAGGGCCAAAGCUUCGAUAUGUCUGUGACUGGUAUCUUCAACACACAGACCAACGAGUUCAAUAAGGAUGAUCACUCCAUGGACAUCAAGAACAAGCACAUUCACCCUGUUGCUGUUGUGCAUCCUCCUCCUCACCCCCACGGACCCCCGCAUGGCGCCGCCUAUGGUCCUCACCGACCAACCGGUUUCUUCGAAGCGCCUCCUGAUGGAUUUGCGAAGCGCUUCGUUCCCCCUGGAGGCACGGCUAUCGGUGGUCCCUCCGGCAACGAUGGUGGCCAGAGCUUCAGCGCUCCUACUAACGUUGGCAUUAACACCGGUACCCAUGAGCACAAUGAGGAUGACCACUCCAUUGAGCUAGAGAGAGAGGAAAUCUUCCCUGACGUUCCUCUCUUUAAUCCCUUCCAUCGCCGCUCCGAGAACUUUGGCCCACCUGGUCAUGGCGGCCCUCCACACGGUGGUCACUUUGAGCCUCACUCCGAGCCUCAUUACGCGCCUCACACCGAGACACACUUCGCGCCUCACCCUGAGCCUCACUAUGUGAACCACCCCGAGCCCCACUUCGUGAACCACCCUGAACCUCACUAUGCGCCUCACUAUAGCCCUAGCUAUGAGCCUCACUACGAGCCUCACACCACACUGGAGCAGGAGAUUACUUCAUUGAAGCACAACAAUAACGGUCCUUCUGCUGGGAGUAUCAAGUUUGGAAAGCGUGGCUUCCCCGGUGGCUUCCCUGGUGGUCCCGGUGGCCCUCCGCACGGCGGUCACUUUGAGCCCCACCCAGAGCCUCAUUAUGAGCCUCACACUGAGUCUCACUUCGCGCCUCACCCCGAGCCUCACUAUGUCAACCACCCAGAGCCUCACUUCGUGAACCACCCGGAGCCUCACUAUGAGCCUCACUAUAGCCCCAGCUAUGAGCCUCAUUACGAGCCCCACACCACAUUUGAUUACGACCUCACUUCGGUGAGGAACAACAACAAUGGUCCUGCCGCUGGUAGCAUCAAGUUUGGAAAGCGUGGCUUCCCCGGUGGCUUCCCUGGUGGUCCCGGUGGCCCUCCGCACGGCGGUCACUUUGAGCCCCACCCAGAGCCUCACUACGCUCCUCACACCGAGUCUCACUUCGAGCCUCACCCUGAGCCUCACUAUGUGAACCACCCCGAGCCUCACUUUGAGCACCACCCUGAGCCCCACUACGAGCCUCACUACAACCCUUACUAUGAGCCUCACUACGAGCCCCACACCACAUUUGAUUAUGAGCUCACAGCCCUGGAGCACAACAACAAUGGCCCUGCCGCCGGGAGCAUCUCCUUUGGUAAACGUGCGUUCGCUCCUACCGGGCCCCCCGGUGGUACUGCCAUUGGUGGUCCCUCUGGGGAUGACGCCAGCACUGGCUUCUCUCUCCCCACCAAUAUCGGUGUUGACACCGGCAUUGGCGAGCACAACGAGGACAACCACUCCAUUGAGGGCGAGUUCACCCAUGUCCACCCUCCUGCUUCCGCCGACUACGACGAUGGUGACUACGAGGACCGCGUUGAGGCCCAGUGCGCUGCCCCGGCGCACGAGGUUGUCCACACAGUGACAAAGACCCAGUACAAGACUGCCGAAGCGACACAGAUGGCCUACCAGCCUGCCGUCAUGGAGUCCAAUGACAUCCCUGUCCAUACCCCCCAGCAGUCUGCUGGGGCUGAUCCUAUGGUCAGCGACUACGAAGACUCGCCCUCUCACUCUCCCCAGGACUACGCUGGAACUGACCCUAUGGUGAGCGAUUACGACGAUUCGCCCUCCCACUCCCCUCAGAACUCCGCUGGAGCUGACCCUAUGGUGAACGCCUACGACAACUCGCCUUCUCACUCUCCCCAGAACGCCGCCGGAGCUGACCCCAUGGCGAAGACCUACGGCUCUUCAGCCCCCGCCCCCUACAGCCAUGCUUCCCACCGUCCUAUGAGCAAAGCUGCUGCAUACUCUAUGAUCCCCGUGCAUGUGCCCAUGGCCACCCCUGCCUCACAUGGCGCUUUCGCCACGGCUACCCCAUCCAGCAGCAUGGGCAAGAUGGUGCCCAGUGGUGUCUCCGGCGAGCACAAGGCUUACCCUUCCUCGUCCGCUUCGGCUUCUGCCUCGCAUGGAAUUAUGUUCCAGGGUGGCGCCGCUCGCCUCUCUGGGGGCAUUGUCUCCGCCGCCGCCGCUGUCGUGGGUGUUCUUGCAUUCAUCCUCUAG